AUGAACCUUUUUCGAGAAGACAAAUCUUCUUCAUCUCCUUCUGAACUGCCACCUCAAAUUACCGAAUCAUUGGCGUUUCACAUGUUUCAACUGGCUCAUAUGCUUCAGGGGCUUGCUAGUAGUGACCCAACUUCUGCUGGCCGUACUGGAUCUGUCUUUGCUGAAGCGGACAUGAUUUCGCGUCAGGCCCAAAAGAACUUGCAAUUGGUCGCAUUUCAGGUAUUCUUAUAUGUUUAUCUUGUAAAUUCAUCUUUGUCUUAUUGUCAGAGAUAUCCAGAUGAAUGCGCCAUAAUAUUCAUAGUAAUUUCCGGCGUCGGACUGUUAACCUGGUACAUUCCCAGUGUGGCAAGGCUUAUAGACGAUGCCGAAUGUGAUACCAAUGAGACGUCUGGGAAUUAUCAUGGAUAUCAUGACUAA